AUGGACCAGCUUACUCACUGGAUCGCAGAAUCGGGGGGCUAUAUAUCGCCAAAGGUUGAGGUUACGGCGAUCCCCGAUCGGGGUAAUUCCAUCGUGGCUGCAUGCUCUAUCUCGAAAGGAGAAAAACUCGUCAGUCUGUCCCGUCACCUUUUGAUUAAUGCGCAAUCGCUGGGCGAACCCAACCUUACGUCCCAUCAGGCAUUGGCAAAUUUUUUGUUGACCUCAGACUCGUUCUGGAUAGAAACCCUUCCUAAAAGCUUCGACUCAAUCCCUGUGUGCUGGUCACCGGCUGAAUUGAAGUUUUUGCCGGCGAAAAACCAAGCGCACGUUGCCAAACAGCUCGCUCAGAUAGCUGUGGAUCACAGGCUUGCAUGUCCCAACGAGCCCUUUGACCGGUUCAGAUGGGCUUGGCUCUGUGUGAACUCACGAUGUUUGUACUGGGAUGUUGGCCGCGAGAGAAAAGAGAAUAUGACCAUGGCACCCUUUAUUGAUUUCUUGAACCACGACACAGAUCAGUCGAAAACCGUGCAAGUAAAAUCAGGGCUGGGGAUGGCCCUGUACGCAGCCAGGGACUACGAAAAGGGCGAAGAAAUCUGCCUAAACUACGGUCCUCAUGAAAAUGCGUUCCUGCUCUGUGAAUACGGGUUUGUUGCUCAGCAAAAUCCCUGGGACUAUAUCGACCUUACCGCCAAGCUCGAGCCGCUGCUCAAAGAUCACGAGUCUCAACUGAAAGAACUCGGCUACUGGGGCGACUAUACGAUCAAUUCAGAUGGUGCGUCGUUCCGGACGCUUGUUGCGUGUGAGGCUUUGAAAAACUCCAAACUCAAAUCAGUCGUCGAUGGUCUUGUUGAGCCGGACGAGUGGUCGCCUGUCCUCACAGAGAUACUCAAUGAGCUAGAAAUCGUCUUCAAAGGACCUGUGCCCAGGCCGGAAAUCCGUCACUUAUAUGACGGCUAUUUAUCAAUUAUUUACAGUUCAAGGUCUAAAGUAGGAACAUAG